UUUUCAUUUUAUAUAUAAAUUAAAUUUAACUUUUGAGCAAUAUUAUUGAAAAACCACUAUAUAGACGAGCAAAAUGGAUUCACAGAUGCUGAUUGAUCUAUAUUCUCUACAGUUGGCGCCUUCUCUUCUAAACCCCAUCCAUCGGAACCCUAGAUCUUUCCCGUCCAUAAAUUACUGUAUCUCUCUAUCAUUUUCCGAGUUCAUACUUGCCCUAGCUUUGAGAAAAUGGUAUAGUAUUAGAUAGAUCCUCAAUAGAAGAAUCCGUAAUACCCAAAUUUGUAUUAUUUUUUGAUGUAUUAGUGAAAAAUAUUUUUGAUUUUUUGAAACACCUACUAUGGCCGAUGGCAAGGUGGUUAAGCGUGCUAAGUACAAAACUUCACUCAAGGUUCCUGGCGUCCCUGGCGUUUUGAAAUUGACCAAGGAACGGUUUUAUUUUAUGCCGAAUGACCCAACAUUAACGACAAAGCUUAAUGUGGAGUUCAAGUUGAUUAAAGGCCACAAGUCUUCCAAGGAGUGUUCAAGUAAGCAGGCUCUACUUAAUCUUACACAAGCUCAGGGUGGAAAUUAUCUUUUUGAAUUUGAUAGCUUCCCUGACCGUGACCAGUGUCGGGACUUUGUUGCCUCAGCAAUUGCGGCUUUUGGGGAAAUAGGGAAAGGUACUUCCGAAAAACCUGCUGUUCCGCAUGAUGAGCAACUCAGUGCAACAGAAAUGGGGCGUCGGAUUAAGUUAUUGCAGGAGAACAGUGAGUUGCAGAAACUCCACAGGCAAUUGGUCAUUGGAGGUAUUUUAUCAGAGGCUGAAUUUUGGGCUGCUAGGAAGAAGCUGCUGGAACAGAACGAACACAAGAAGCCAAAACAGCGGGUGGCUUUAAAAAAUGACAUGUGGAGUGUAAAACCAUUAUCUGAUGGCCAGACGAACCGAGUUACAUUUAACUUGACUCCAGAGGUUAUUCAUCAGAUUUUUGCGGAGAAACCAGCUGUCCGCCAAGCAUAUAUAAAGUUUGUUCCUGGCAAGAUGUCAGAAAAAGAAUUCUGGACUAAAUAUUCAAGAGCUGAAUACCUCCACAGUACAAAAAACAUUGUUGCAGCUGCUGCGGAGGCUGCUGAAGAUGAGGAGCUUGCAGUUUUCUUGAAGCAAGAUGAUAUGUUAGCAUCUGAAGCUCGGAAGAAGAUCAGAAGAGUGGAUCCAACUCUGGACAUGGAAGCAGAUGAAGGUGAUGAUUAUAUGCAUCUCCCGGAUCAUGGGCUACCUCAUGGUGAAACUAAGGAGAUUCUAGAACCACAGUAUGAACCAUUCAAAAGGUCGUUCUCGCAAUACCUCAAUCAGCAUGCAGCAGUGGUUCUUCGAGGAAGAGUUAUAGAUGUUGAGCUGGGUGACACAAGAUCUGUUGCUGAAGCAUUCACCAGGACAAAUCAGGCUGAACUAGCUACUGAAGUGUCUGAUGAGAAUGCAUAUAGAGAACGCUUAAACAAAGUUUCUCGAGUAGCUGAGAUUGAGGAUCUUCAGGGACCUCGAGACCCACCAGUUGCAUUGCUAAGUAUCAAGGAUCCUCGAGACUACUUUGAUUCUCAGCAAGUAAAUGCAAUAAAGGCUUUGGGAGAUGCUGAAACAGGGAUAAGACAGCUGAAAUUUAGUGUGAGCAAAGAAGAAGCCUUUUGCUCCUUGAAGGACUCCAUCUCUGAGAUAAAUUCUCAAGGAUUGAUCGAACCAAUAAUUAGUCCAGAUGUAGCUCUCAAGGUUCUCAACGGGCUUAGUCAGAAUAUCUCAAGUUCAAAGUAUCAUCUCGGAAAGAAUCCCCAUGAGAGUGUUUUAGAUCAGUUGCCUAGUGCAACUAAAAAUGAGCUAUUACUUCAUUGGACAUCAAUUCAGGAAUUAUUGAAGCACUUCUGGUCAUCUUACCCAAUAACGACAAAAUACUUCUAUGCCAAGGUGACUAGGUUAAAGGAUGCAAUGUCUCAGAUUUAUCCCAAGUUGCAGGAGAUCAAGGAAUCUGUGCAAUCGGAUGUUAGACAUCAAGUUUCCCUUCUUGUACAGCCAAUGCUUCAGGCUUUAGAUGCUGCCUUUGCCCAUUACGAUGCAGAUGUACAGAAGAGAUCUGCGAAAAGUGGUGAGAGACCAAAUGGAUUUGUUUAGGCAAUUUUCCUCCUUUCUCACCCAAUCUUUUAAGCCCUUUAUUUUUCUGGGGGUUACCAUAUAUACACAAAUGUACAUCUAACAAAAUUUUGUUUUGAGUGUGUUCUUAACAUAUUUUAUAUCUCGACAGUUUCGAUUGUGUGACUGCCUGAGGAAAUUGUACAUCUAAUGAAACUUUGUUGAGUUAUUCUAAAAAAAUGUCUUUUUCUCCCUU